AUGUGGGCUGGUGAAAACGAAAAUGGUGUAUUAUUAAUUAUAAAUAUAUCGCAACCGGUGCCAAUGUUCUUAGCUUGCGGUUAUGCAGGUAUAGACGACACGUUUUGUCAAUUAGAGCCUAGAGGACCGUUACGUGUCAUACACAAAACAAUAUCAUUAUUAAUUAAUAAUAUACCUUUUGUUUGUACAAGAAGGGUUUCAGACCACCAGCAGCACGCUGUUUGCGGUACAAGAGUGGUGUCUCAUCAGUUGAAUCAACGAAGAUGGCCGCAGACCAAAAUUAUUGGAGGCUCAACUACGCCAUACGGGGCAUAUCCUUGGCAGGUGGAAUUACAAGCAUACAAAGAUGGAUGGGAACAUCAUUGUGGAGGAGCACUUAUUUCAGAAACUAUAGCUUUAACGGCCGCCCAUUGUUUAAAGGACUUUAAAAAAUCUCAAUUGCGUAUUAUUGUUGGCAAACAUAAUCUAGCAAAAAACGAUAAACAUGAAAAAACAUAUAGAGUACAAAAGGCGUUAGUACAUCCUGAAUUUAGAAAAGACGGACCGCAUAGCCAUGACAUAGCAAUAUUAAAAAUUAAUUCAUUGAACAGCAAAGGAGUGAAAUUUGAUACGCACGUUCAACCAAUAUGUUUACCAGAUUAUUAUACAAAAGCCAACGACGUAGAUUGGUGUACCGUGACUGGCUGGGGAGCACAAAAACAAGACGACAUGACCAGUUUACCUAAAGUUUUGCAAGCCGCGUCAGUACCCCUGUUGGAUUUGGAAACUUGCCGACACGACGAUGUUUAUGGAGGUCGGCACCAGUUUAUAUUAGACAGUAUGUUAUGUGCGGGCAGUUUAGAAGGCGGAGUAGACGCUUGUGGAGGCGAUUCUGGAGGACCUCUGGCCUGUCAAGUGAAUGGAAAAUUUAUACUGACAGGUGUGGUAUCGUGGGGCGAUGGAUGCGGUAAAAAAAAUAGGCCUGGUGUGUAUACACGAGUGUCUUAUUAUACGGAAUGGUUAAAAAAAGUUAUGACGGAACUAGAGAAUAAUUAAACUAUACUUGAUAAAAAUAAUUCAUUAUGAUUCCAUCAAGUAAAUUUUAUUAUGUAUAGUGUAUAAUGGAAUUGUAAAUAAUAAACAAAUUAUGUAUUGAUAUAAUGUAUAUAUUACCUAUAUAAUUUCUGUAAAUAAUGUAUAGUCAUAGUCAUAAGAAUAAUGUAAUAUAUAUAUAUAUACAUGAAAUAAUUAAAAUUUUAGAUGUACGAUUUCCUGAAUGUUUAAAUAAACUUACAAGAUUAUACUACCA